AUGGCUUCGCUUCUGGUGCUCAUCGUUGUCCUAGUUUCAAGCGUGGGACAUUUGGGAACUGCAAGGAGGGAGGGACCAUCUGAUGGGAAAUCUCUGACGUCCUUCGAAUUUUCAGAGGGCACUCUUCAACAAGGAAACCCUCUGGAGUUUCAGCAUCACAGACAGCUCGAACAGGACGCUCCAUCUGCAAAUGCAACUGACACGCAGGCAGCUGACAAAGAAGCUAAGAAGUUGGCAAAGAAGCUUGGAAAGAAACUGUGGAAAGCCGCCAGCGAGGGCAACGUGAAAAAGGUGCAGAAGCUCAUCGGCAGGGGCGCCAGCCUCAAGGUGCGGCGGGGCGAGCUCAAGGACACUCCGCUCAUGAUCUCCUCCGCCAACGGCCACCUGGAGGUCGUCGAGACAUUGAUCGACGCGGGCGCGGGCGUCAACGCCAGCGACAGAGACCGGCGCACGGCGCUGUACAAGGCCUCCUUCGCCGGACACCUCCCGAUCGCUGAGGCCCUCCUGGCCGCCGGGGCCGCCGUCAACAAAGCCAAGGACGCCAGAAUCACCCCUCUGUGGGCGGCGGCCCACGAGGGACACGCCCAGGUUGUGAACGCCCUGCUCCAGGCGGGAGCGCUGGUGGACAAGGCCACACUGGAGGAAGUCACGCCGCUGUGGGCCGCAGCUCAAAACGGCCACGUCGACGUGACGGAGCUGCUUCUGGAGGCCGGGGCAGAUCCGAACAAAACCAAAAACACUGGCGCUUCUCCGCUGCUUGUGGCCUCCCAGAACGGCCACGCUCCGGUGGUCGACGCGCUUUUGGAGGCUGGAGCAGAUCCGGAAGCGGCAAAUGCGGAGGGGAUCGCGCCGUUGCACUCUGCGUCCGUGACCAUAGGUAACGCCAGCGUGGCGGUGGUGGGCAGCCUGCUGGACGCCAAUGCCACGAUCGACAAACCGGACAACCUGGGCUGGACGCCGCUGAUCUGGGCGUCGUCGCACGGGAACUUGGGCACGGUGGGGCUGCUGGUUGAACGGGGGGCCAACGUCACGGCCGUGGCGGUCGACGGCAAGACGGCGGCCGACCUGGUGUGCGAGUGCCUCAACAGCGAGGGGGACAGCAGUCGGGCGCAGUGCACGCCGGGGGGCUGCGAGUUGCCGCAAACGAGCGACCGGAUUACGGAGCUCCUGAAGUAG